GUCUGUAAAUGAUUGCCUUCCUAUAAUACCAAGCUAAGAAUUCCAAAUCUGACUAUAGAAAUUCAGGGCAGCACUCCCACUGGCUGCUGACAUCUCUCCCUGUGGAGAAAGGGCGGGCCAGAAAGCAGAAGCCACCCUCUAUGCCGGAUUUACUUGCUUUAUAAUCACAAGAAUAGAAGUAAUACAGUGACAAACUUAAAAUCCUAUAGUCCAUUUAUACAAUAGAAAAAUGGAUUAUCUGUUACAUGUAUUAGACCAGUAACAAGGAGCAAUUAUACAGAACAUAAUGCUUUCGUUUCUGUCAGUCAUUGUUUGCACUGGCCAGAAUCUUCCCGGAGGAAAGGCAUGGAUGUCCCAUAAUGCAACGGGAGAUGGCUUAUCGGUGGUGACUGCUGCUUGGGUGUAACUCCUUCAUUGCCAAGAGUGCUGUUUGACGACUGAGGGCCAGAGAAGCAGGCGGAGCGGAACUCCGUAAGUGUCUGGCACAGAAGCUGCAUGGGCACAGACUGUUGUGUAAGUGUUGCGGAUUUGCGCUCAUCGCUCCUUCUCAGCAGGCCUUGUUUUCAUUUGUCUGAAUCUGGGUGUCUUCGGAGGAGUCCGUACUCAAGAUCUCCAGCAUGGAAGAUGACAGACCUAUCAUUUCUCAGAACAGUGAUGCCAGUGACUUUCCAUUGCCAAAUCUAGCACCGAGGCAUCAGGAACUAAUUCCCACUCCAUUCGGUCCUAUCAAGCCCUGGGCAGAGUUAACAUGGCCAAUAAAAACAUACUUUAUUCUCGCUAUACUUUCUCUGCUUUGUGUACUGGGCCUCACCAUUUCUGACUUGGUGAAACAGAACAAUGAAGACUUUACGGUGUCUCUUAUACAGCUGAUAGGAAUAGUGUUCUGCAUCUACUAUGUGACACGAGGUAUACUGCAGGAGAAUCGCCAGGAGCUUAUUGUCUUCAUUCUCUCCAUCUUGCUGGAAAUGAUUCGCUCUAUUGUGAACUUCAGUGUACUCCCAAAAGAAGCCAAAGUGGAAAUACAGCCAAGAUUUAUUGUCAUUAUGCUGGUUGGACUGUUUCAUGUCAUAUGCUCCUUGAGCCUGGUGCUGGGACAGAAUAUGAUGGCUUUCCGAGUUGGAGGUGCGCUUGAAAGCUUGCAGCUACAGUACGUCAUGUUGAGCCUCUGUUUCUCCUUGCUCACAUUUGACCUUCAGGCUCAGCUUUGUCUAUCAGUUCUUGUUUCAUUUUCUGGUUUGUUUAAAAUCUCCACCGUUCACAGCAUCAUCUUGGGAAUUGGGAUAUUCUGGGCCUGCUUGAAGGUUUCUAUUGGAAUCAUUGCUAUCCUGAAAGAACUAAAACCACUUGUUUGGAUCUUUCUGCUGCAAAACAUCCCUGAAAUAGCCUAUCUUGUGUAUCUCCUUUACACGGUCGUGACGGAGUGGGCACAGCCAUUCACCCUGGAAGCUGCCGCUGUGACUGGCUCUUGUAUUUCUGUGCUUAUUAAAUCUAUUCUGUUUUGGUCCUUGUUCCGUGUGUAUCGCAGCUUUGGCCAAGGACUGAGAGAGAGAAUGUUUUCUUCAUAUGGAAGAAUCGACUCAUGAGAAGAAUCGCCUUGAGAUUCCUGGAGAAUAUUUGAAUAGCUGCCUAGCGGGACAAAGGAUGAUUAUUUCUUGGCCACUUGUAACACUGCCGGAGCUUAAAUGGACACAACUUUAUUGUUGAGCAGCGCCUGACAUGAUCUUACUAGGAGCAAAGGGAAUACGUAUGCUUCUAGUCACCAUGAUCCCUGUCAUGGCUAAAUCUUGUAGCACAGCCCCAAUGUUUUCUAGCUUUCUUCAAGCCAUUCCCUCACUAGGUGGGAUAAUGAAGUAUAAGCAUGGCUACAUAAUUAUCCAGCCAAGAACUUGGUAUUGUAGUUAUGGGAAGCUCACAUUCAUUGAAUGAUUUCUAAGAAAAGUUUGACAACAGGAAUAGAGUUCAUUAGUUAAGAGCCAGGUAAAGUGAUAGUGGAUACCAAUACACAAAGUGCCAAUCUAAAUGGAAAAACUCUAAAAUACAAGCUGCUAAAAGAUAUACAUUUAUUUUUACUUACUGUACAUUGGUUUAGGUUUCCUUACCAUUGUAAAAUUCACAGGCAAAUAUUUUGCCAAAGCCUAACCCUCUGUUGUCUCAUUCCAACUGGCAUGCAUACUUUCUGGGCAAUUUAUGAGUAAUAUUGCUAUACAAAUGUUUUGCAUGUGUAUGUCACUCAUUAAUAUAAUGAUUACAUUUAUUUUCAGUAAGCUGAGUAGUCAUUGUGAUAAGCCCUGCUAAACAUAAAGCCAGACGGCUCUUCAUUACAGGUAAAACAGAAGGCUGCAGAGCAACAUCCCAUUCAUUUCCCUACAAAGGCACAGCACAAGUGAUAUGUUAUAUAUAACUUAACGUAGAAAAUAUAACUUUUCGCUUGUACAAAAAUAUUCUUUAAAGGUCUCUGAACCAUGCAAUCUCCCAAAUAAUGUGAAAAUAUUACAAAUAGAAAGGACAAGACAAUUAUCGCUACUUGAAACCUUAAUUGAAAUUUACAGUAGGUAUAAGCAGCCUCCGUAGCAUUUAUAAACAAAAUAACAAAGGAAUCAAACCACAAAAGUGUAUUUGAUGAUAAACCCAAAGAUGCCAGUAUCUCCUAAUUUGCUUUUUUUAUAGAGGUGCAAGCUCCGGAAAAAACUUGUUUUUUAUGGAUUGAUCAGUAUCCUUCUGCUUGUGUUAACUUGCCUUUGCUGAGAAUUGUAAUUAAAUAACAUAGAUUACAUAAGCAAUGAUCAGAUAAUGUAUUAAACCCAAGGUAAUAUUUCACAAGGACAGGGGUUGUUUAAGUGCAGAUCACUAUAAAACCCUGGCUGGUGAAAUGACCCCCAUAUAUAUACACAAACAUGUGAAGUGUGCCAUUAUUUAGAAUGUAAACUUCAGCCCAAAUGGUUGGUUCAAUAGGUGGUUCAUGCUUUUGGCAAAAGGGCUGAAACCAAGGGGAUGAACUUCCAUAAUGAAAGUGAGGUAAAUAAAUUGCAUAGGGGAACCUGAAUAAUGCAGUGUGUGUUGCCAUUCCCUGCCAUGGUAGUGCCCACUACUGGCCUCUGACUGGCUCAAGCAAGUGUAGUAUGUGUCACACUGCACUAAAUCUCAAUGCACUUUUGUAAAUAAAUAUAUAUAUAUUCUUUUAAAUAUAAAGGGCCAUAACUCAUGUAAGAAACUGACUUCUUUGAAGUGUAUGAUUAUUGUGUCUUCUCUUCCAUUUAUGUUUUUAUAAAUUGCACCCCCAGAAUUUACAGCAAGACGGGAACCUGGGCAUUACUGCUAACACAAAAGCUUUAUACAUAAGAAUUCAUUUCACACCCAGAUUUUGACUUUUUGGUGUAUGUGGAGUGUUUUUGAUAUUACAGUUUUGGUUUUUUACCCCCCCACCCCCCACCAAUAAUUUCUAAUUAUAGCCAAACCAGAGUGCCCUUGGCCAUUGUGUUUUUUUAAAGAAUGUUUAACAAGACUAAACCAAUGCUGUGACUAAAGUGCAUGAUGCUGGAAGGCAGACAAGCCCUGUUGUUGUUACACUGACAGGCUUAGGGCUCCCAUUCUCUUAUAUUGGAAAUGUGACAGCUUUUGUGCUAAUGCUUUUCAGCUGAAAAAUAUUCACUACAGUGGUUUUGGGGGUUUCUAGAAAAGCACCAAUAUCAGGAAUUUCCCUCUCAGAUAAAUGGGAGGCAGCAGUGACAGAUUCAGGUGGAUCCAGGAGCCUCAUUGCAGUAGCCUGCUGGAUUAAAGGAAUAUCCCGAUUACUAGGUGGUGCCAAAAUAUUAGGAAUCCCCCAGUGUUUGCAAUCACUUACCUGAUACUUUGUAACUUUCUUCUUUAAGCAAAGGUGUUCCUAAUCACUAUGUAUGAUUAUGUGGCUGGCAAACACUUUUAUUGGGUUAUGUAAUAAGCAGGUAACACUGGUCACCAGUUUAAAGGCAAACUUCUUAUUAAUGUCUGUGGUUACUGCACCAGGGCAACUGUUAUGCAUACAGGGGUUAGUCACACUCUGGCUCUGCUCUUUACUACUUGUUCAUUUUCAAUAAUUUUGAAAGAACGCUGUAAGCUGGUAAGUAACCUUUGAAAGCAGCAGUGAUUAUUUUCUGGCUACUGCUGCAUGAGGGGACCUGUGCUUUUAUAUGGGUAUCCUGUAGUGCUGAGCAGCCAAGUGCUUAUGUAUGAUGAGACGCAACGUUUGCUUCAGUGCUAGUAAGCAAGGCAGCCUAUCAGAGUUUGUCUUUUUAAACAGCCGAUCGUUUUUAUGCUACUUGCUGAUUGGUGAAUGUGUGUUACUAGCACUGCAUUACGUUAGUUAGUAUUAGUAACACAAACCAAAAACAAGAUGGAAUGGCUUCUUGCAAUACCCUUUUCUCAAACACAAUUAUAUUUAGAUAAUGGCAAUCAAUUAGCGUUAAUUACAGAAAAUGCACAUGUGCAUACUCUCCUUUUAAUUCACUGUGAUUCCUUGUAUUAUUUCCCUCAUUUCCUAUAGACUGCCUUUCAGCUGAAUAUAACUCUCUUGCUAGUGACAAAUAAACUGGAUUAUUCUGAUUUUGUUUUAACACUGAGUAUCAUGUGCUCCAAGUCUAGCAACGUAACAACACUGUUUGUCCUGUCUAAUGACUUUAAUGUCUGGGGGCUUUUUUACACACAGUAAAGUUGAACUUUGUAUUCACAGCACUGACAGCUUUAACUGUUCUCAUGCCAUUGCCUGAACUUUACUGCCUUAGUCUUGUCUGUUACUGGAAUAUAAAUGCAGAGCUUUUUAUAACAAGGUUUCUUUUCAAAUAAAACUCAAAUACCACAAAA